CUGGCCGUGGCGCCCAAGGCCAUUGACCCCACGCUCGACGCUCUGUUCGCAUCCAGUGCUGGACCCGUGACGGCUCCCUCAAAACCCCGGCUGGGAGCGCCGCCGAAAAGUAAGAGCGCCAGCACCGGCAAAUCAAGCAAAGAAGACGAGGACGAGGACGAGGGCGACGACGAGGUGCUUUCCGAGAUCAGCGAGGAGCUGGACUAUGGCGAUGACGAUGACGAUGAAGAGGAAGAAUCAGACGACAAUGCUGCGGAUGAGCAAGAGGAUGCCGCAAGCGCUCAUGGCAGCGACAACGAAGAUGCCAUGUCAGUAACACUGGAGGCGGUCGCCACAGAAGAGCAAGCCAAGACCAAGCGUGACAGGAAACGCAAGAGAAAGCACGACAACGACGACCUGGAAGAGAAGUAUCUCGCCAAACUCGCGGAUGACGAUGAGCCCGAACCGUCUGGCAAGCGCCUGAAAGGAGACAAAGAAGACGCCGAAGAGGAUGCCGAGAAGGACAGCGACGACGAGCGACCCGUGCACGAGUCUCUCACGCAAGAGAGCAAGCAGUCCGAGAUGGAAAAGGCUGCGCGGACCGUGUUCCUGGGUAACGUUGCCACGGAGGCCAUUUCAUCCAAGUCGGCCAAGAAGGAGCUCAUGAGGCAUCUCUCCUCAGUCCUCGACAAGGACGCCUCGCCCCCACAGAAGAUCGAGUCCCUGCGUUUCCGCUCCGUUGCUUUCUCUACCGGCUCCAUGCCCAAGCGAGCAGCUUACAUCACCAAGUCCUUGAUGGAUGCCACGACCAAGUCCACAAACGCAUACGCCGUCUUUUCAACCCCUGCCGCAGUCCGAAAGGUGGUCUCGGAGCUCAACGGAACCGAAGUCCUGGGUCGUCACAUUCGCGUAGACAGUGUGGCACACCCAAGCCCCAUGAACCACCGCUGCUGUGUCUUUGUCGGAAACCUUGGCUUUGUCGACGACGAAACCGUCAUCAGCCAAAAGGCCGGUGGAGAGACUGUUGAAAAGAAGCGCAACAAGGUGCCUUCCGACAUCGAAGAGGGCCUCUGGCGCACCUUUGGGACCCAAGGCAAGGUUGAGAACGUCCGUGUUGUUCGAGACUCAAAGACUCGAGUGGGCAAGGGUUUCGCAUAUGUGCAGUUUUAUGACGCCAAUGAUGUCGAGGCCGCUCUCCUUCUCAACGGCAAAAAGUUUCCCCCCAUGCUCCCCCGUCCGCUGCGUGUCACGAGAGCAAAGGACCCGCGCAAGACGGCCCAGGCAGUCGAGCGGGCCAGGGCCAAGACAGAUGUCGCCGACGGCGCCACCAACCGCAGCACAAAGUACAAGCCCAAGGCCACGCCAGAGGAGCAGGCGGCCGCCGGGCGAACCCGCAAGCUGCUGGGCCGGUCCGCGGCCGCGAAGCAGCGUCACGGCCGCAAGAGGUCCUUCUCGGCGUCUGCAAAGGACGGUGAGGCGGCGUCGGCGGCGGACGGCAUCAAGAGCCCGGAGCGUAUCAUCUUUGAGGGGCGGCGAGCCUCGUCCAGGGACGGGCUUCCCAAGGACCUCAAGAUUGGCAAGAAAAAUAAGAAGAAGGCGGGCAGGCCAAUGAGACCGCAGAACAGAAGCGCUAAAAGGGCAGCGGCGUGGAAG